AUGGCCGAGAAGCUGCGCGUCCUGCUCUUCCCCUUCUUCGCGACCAGCCACAUCGAGCCCUUCACCGACCUCACCAUCCGCCUCGUCGCGGCCGGGCCUAGCGACGCCGUGGAGGCCACCGUCGCCGUUACCCCGGCCAACUCCUUGCUGGAGCGCCGUCGUCCGAGGUACGGGCACACGGUAGUGGCUGUGAGGGUGGCCACGUACCCGUUCCCGGCCGUGGAGGUCCUCCCAGAGGGCGUGGAGAACCUCGGCAAGGCCGCGGCCGGCGACGCGUGGCGCAUCGACGCGGCCGCCAUGAGCGACGCACUGACGAGCCCGGCGCAGGAGGCGCUCCUUAGGGCGCUCUCCCCGGACGCCAUCGUCACCGACGCUCACUUCGCGUGGAACGUCCGCCUCGCCCGCGAGCUUGGCGUGUCGUGCGUCGCGUUCAGCGCCAUCGGCGCCUUCUCCAUGCUCGCCAUGCGCCACCUCCAGCUCGCGCUCGCGGGGGGCGACGCCGCUGGUGUCGCUGACGGCGGCGAUGACGAUGCCGUGGACCGUGGUCGUCCCCCGGAACUGAUUGCAUCUAGAUCACCUAAAAGCAUGAACAGAGAAGGGUUUAGGGGAUCAUUACAUGUCACGGCAGUGGACAUGAUCGCCUGCUUGGUGCAGGCUUGA